AUGAGCCAUUCGUAUAGGGUAACUCCUCAACCAGUGCAUACUACAGCUUUACCAUGUAAUGUAUAUAGUCCCCAUAUAUCUUCACCUAAAACCUCACCGAAAGAUGAAGGAUCUGCUCGCAAGAGACACAAUUCCGGAAGUGUUCAUCGUCAUCCUUCUAUUCUCUCAGGUCUUCGCAAUCUAAUGGUCCGUCCUCGAAGUGAAAGUUUGAACUCCCAAACGAUGCAGAAGCCCGUUCGGCAAAUGAUGAAAGUUCAGGUGUCGGCUUGUCAAGUGGAGUCUGUUUAUGAUCUCAGAGAAGGUGGAGCUGAAGCUGAUUUUUACGAUGAUGAAACAGCUUUCCGUAGACCUAGGAGUAAUAGUUCGGAUUUUUUGAUUUUACGGAAGACUUCUCGCCCUUUGUCAGUUGAUGUAGUUGGUCUAGUUGAUGCUCAGUCUGAUCCAUAUCGACAGUAUAUGAAAGUUGUUGAUUGUUAUGAGUUAGCUCCAGUGGCUGGGAAUAUUAUAGCUCUAGAUAAGGAAAUGAAGGUUGAGAAAGCUUUUGCUGCAUUAUGUGAUAAUAACGUUGGUGCUGGCCUUGUUUGGGAUGCUAGUAAGAACAAGAUUAUUUCAAUUGUCACGCUGACGGAUUUCAUUGGACUUCUGCAAUCAGAUCGUCCCACUACUUCGCAACAGUCAUUGUCUGCUAUUCUCUCUGGUAAUGAGUUGGUUACUAUGUCAGCUGAGAAAAGAUUACUCGACGCUUGCGAAGAAUUUUGUUUAAAUCAUGUUCAUCGCUUAGUGAUAACAGAACCAGGUUCAGGGGAUGUGUUAUAUUUGCUGACGAUCAAGAGAAUUUUGCAAGCUAUUCAUAAACAAAACCGUUCUCUCCAUUUCGCUCAAUGGCUUAGUUGUCCUAUCAAUUACUCUGCUGUUGGAACGUGGAACCAAACAAUUCAUAAGUUGACUACCACAGAAAAUAUAUCUACUGCGGUUCGUCUUAUGCUCGAUACCAGAGUUUCUUCUUUCCCUGUUGUUGACGAAUCUGGUAAAGCUAUCGACGUUCUCUGCAAAGCAGAUCUUGCCCUUGCUCUAAGAAUGACACCAGUUGAACAACAUUCACAACUCAUCGGAUCACCUGUUGCUUCCAUUUUGUCUUCAAGACCUGCAAAACGUUUUAUGAGAGCAACAGACUCUGUUGGAAAAAUCCUCGAUGCAUUGUUAUGCAGUCGUCAUACAAGAAGUGUUUUUGUUAUCAAUUCAGAUGGGCUACCUAUAGCUUGUGUUUCCCAAUCUGAUGUGAUUUCACACCUGAUUCACGACGAAACUCCUUUCCAAAGAUGUCCCCCGAAAGUAAAUGAAACGGCUGAAGAAGCCUUAGAAUUGGAUUCUCCCACGCAAAAUUGA